CCGGACUGAGCCUGCAGUGAAACCGGAGCGGUCUGAUACCAGUGAUACCAGUGAGGACGGGUUCUAGAGAAGCAUACUGGGGCAGGACUGUGUAGCUUUAUACAGGCGAAUACGUGCAUACAGAAAGCCGGAAAAGGUAGCUGGUUUGUGGAGGAUUUAUAGUAGGCUGGUGCGGCUUUUCGCAGAGGUGGGGCGUACUCGCUUUGUAGCAUUGCAGAUCCAGGACUGAUGCAUAUUCUCUAUAUGUAGUGCAUGAUGGAUAUACAUGCAUGCAUGUCAACAAAUCAGAAGAUUGACCUAAUCCUGGCUGUCGUAUGUCCUUUGAGAAGGAUGUAAAGCAGGGUAAUACGAAUAUACGAAUACACAUACGAAAAGAAACCAAGCACCGGGAGUCUGUGGAUACGUCAAACCAACCAUCUGUCUGGAAUGUACACUAGUCUGGAAAAGUGAGCAAAAUGAGAUGUGCAAGAUCGACCUUUAAGUCGUUAUGUGUUUUUCCUGGCUGGUCAUGACCGAAUCGUUUGUAAAUGCACGUUUCAGACCCCUCAGGAGGUGCCACUCUUUGGUUUACCUAGUUUAAUUUCGGAGAUAUAUCGAAUCAAGAAACAAACAGUUCAGAAUGUCUGGUGAGGUUCGUUUGAAGAAGCUGGAGGAGCUGAUUUUGGACGGACCGGCUCGAUCCAGUGGACAAUCUCUCAGUGUCGAGACUCUCCUCGAUAUCCUGGUCUGUCUCUACGACGAAUGCAAUAAUUCCCCCCUCAGAAGAGAGAAAAAUGUCCUGGAAUUUCUAGACUGGGCAAAACCGUUCACCUCCAAAGUGAAGCAACUGCGUCUACACAAGGAGGACUUUGAGAUCCUGAAGGUGAUAGGCCGAGGAGCGUUCGGAGAGGUGGCUGUUGUGAAGGUGAAGAAUGCAGACAAAGUGUUUGCCAUGAAGAUUUUAAACAAAUGGGAAAUGCUGAAGAGAGCUGAGACGGCGUGUUUUCGGGAGGAGCGGGACGUUCUGGUGAAUGGGGACAGCCAAUGGAUCACCACGUUACAUUACGCCUUUCAAGACGAGAACAACCUGUACUUGGUGAUGGACUACUAUGUAGGCGGAGACCUGCUGACUUUGCUAAGCAAGUUUGAAGACCGUUUGCCUGAAGACAUGGCUAAAUUCUAUUUAGCGGAGAUGGUACUGGCUAUCGAUUCAGUGCACCAGCUGCACUAUGUACACAGGGACAUCAAGCCUGACAACAUCUUGAUGGACAUGAACGGCCACAUCCGCUUGGCCGACUUUGGCUCCUGUCUGAAACUCAUGGAGGAUGGAACUGUGCAGUCGUCGGUCGCCGUAGGAACACCGGACUACAUCUCUCCUGAAAUCCUGCAGGCCAUGGAGGACGGGAAAGGGAAAUACGGACCCGAGUGUGACUGGUGGUCCUUAGGCGUGUGCAUGUAUGAGAUGCUGUACGGGGAGACGCCCUUCUACGCUGAAUCACUGGUGGAGACGUAUGGCAAGAUCAUGAACCAUAAGGAGCGGUUUCAGUUCCCAGCCCAGAUGUCAGAUGUAUCUGAGGAGGCCAAAGACCUGAUGCGCAGACUGAUCUGCUCUCGAGAGCACCGACUGGGCCAGAAUGGCAUCGAGGACUUCAAGAAUCACUUGUUUUUCUCAGGCAUUGACUGGGAAAACAUCCGUACGUGCGAGGCUCCCUACAUCCCUGAAGUCAGCAGCCCCACUGACACCUCCAACUUUGAUGUAGAAGAUGACUGCCUUAAAAAUUCAGAAACAAUGCCGCCACCCUCUCACACAGCCUUCUCUGGACACCAUCUCCCGUUCGUCGGCUUCACCUAUACUAGCAAUUGCUUUCUGUCAGAUCGGGGCUGUCUAAAAGAGUCAGGAGGCUCUGACAGGGUGGAUGCAUGUCUACAAAGGACUCUUGAGGACAGCUUGGCAUCUGAGGCAUAUGAAAGGAGGAUUCGACGUCUGGAGCAGGAGAAAACUGAGCUUAGCCGAAAGCUCCAGGAGUCCACCCAGACUGUACAGGCUCUUCAGUACUCUAAUUCAGACGUGCCAGUCAGUUCUAACAAAGAAGUGGAGAUAAGAAGUCUGAAGAGUGAGAUAGACAUCUUAAAAAAGCAGAUAGCAGAUUCAGGUCAGAUGGAACAGCUGGAGGAGGCCGGUUUGGCACGUAGAGAUCUGGAAGACUCACCCAAGCUCAUGAAGACUCUGGAGAGACAACUCAAGAGUGUCACACAGGAGAAAGAUGGCCUGCACAAGGAUCUAUUGGAGGCUAAGGAGAAGCUUAAGGCACAGGGAAAAGAGCUUAAAGAGACACACAGCCAAAGGAAGAUGGCCAUGCACGAGUUCUCUGAGCUGAACGAGCGUCUUACCGAUCUGCGCUCAAAUAAGCAGCGGCUCUCUCGUCAGCUCCACGACAAAGAGGAGGAGGCAGAGGGUCUUUUACAGAAAGUGGAAACGCUGCGGCUGGAGGUGCGCAAGGCCGAGAGGGCACGCAAAGAGCUGGAGAUGCAGGUUGAGGAGCAGACAGCUGAAGUUCAGAAAGAGAGGAAACUCAGAGAGAGAAAUGAGCAAUACAGCAAGCAGCUGGAGGAGGAUUUAGAUGGAAUGAAGCAGGUGAAGCAGGCCGGUCCUCAGCACCAGAACGCGAGUGCAGAGCAGCAGCUGCAGGAGUUGGCAUCACUGAGGGCUGAGCUGGAGAAGAAGCGGGUACAGCAUGAGGCGGAGCUGUGCGGCAGGGAGAGCCAGCACAGUACAGAGCUGAAGAACAUCAGAAAGGAGUUACGUGAUGCCGAGGCUCAACACCUCACCCUGCAAAAAGAGAUCCUCAUGCUUAAAGACAAGCUGGAGAAGACCCGGCGAGAAAGCCUAAGCGAGCGUGAGGAGUUUGAAGCUGAGUUUAAGCAGAAAUAUGAACGGGAGAAGGGACUGCUGACAGAAGAGAACAGGAGACUCACCAGUGAACUGGAGAAGGUAAACUCUCUGUAUGAGACUCUAAGCGGAAGCCACACGCAACUGGAGGACGAGUUGAGAGAGGUUUCUGAUAAAAAGGAGAGUGUUGCACAUUGGGAGGCGCAAAUCACAGAGAUCAUCCAGUGGGUGAGUGAUGAAAAGGAUGCUCGAGGCUACCUUCAAGCACUCGCCACCAAGAUGACUGAAGAACUAGAAGGUCUGAGGAACACCAGUCUGGGGGCCAGAGGCACAGAAAUGCCAUGGAAGAUGAGGCGUUUUGCCAAGCUGGACAUGUCUGCUCGUCUGGAGCUGCAGUCCGCACUGGAUGCUGAGAUCCGAGCCAAGCAGGCCAUCCAGGACGAGCUCAACAAAGUCAAGGCUUCCAACCAUUCUACUGAAUGUAAACUUCAGGAGUCUGAGAGCAAGAACCACGAGCUUAUGGCUGAGAUUGAGAGGUUGAAGAAGGAGACGGAGGAGCUGCGUCAGAGAAAGGGUGUCAAACAUCAGGACUCUCAGAACUCGUUUCUAGCUUUCCUAAAUGCCCCCACCUCCACCCUGGAUCAGUUUGAGCGUUCACCUUCAUGUGGUCCUGGAAGCAAAGGCCGGCGCAUCGACUCUGGUGACUUCACUCCCUCCAACACGCCAUCAAGGGAUGGAGAUUCCAAAGCACGCCGUAUAUCACGCUCACGCUCACCAUCCACUGCUAGUGACAUGGAGCCCUUGGAGCUGGUUGACCAUGCAUCACGUCUUCAGACCCCGACCAGCAGAUCCAGCUAUGGAAGCCUCGAGCACUCGUCUCCCAAACCCAAAGCUCAUCAGUUUGUAGUAAAGUCUUUCAGUGUUCCUACCAAGUGUAACCAGUGUACAUCGCUGAUGGUCGGCCUCAUUCGCCAGGGCUGCACUUGUGAAGUUUGUAAUUUCUCUUGUCAUGUGACGUGUGCGGAUAAGGCUCCAUCAGUGUGUCCGGUUCCUCCUGACCAGACCAAGGGUCCACUUGGCAUCGAUCCACUGAGGGGCAUUGGCACUGCCUAUGAGGGCUACGUUCGGGUACCGAAACCCACGGGUGUGAAGAAGGGCUGGCAGAGGGCUCUGGCUGUGGUGUGUGACUUUAAGCUUUUUCUGUACGAGCUAGGAGAGACCAAAACUACCCAGCCCAGUGUAGCAGUGAGUCAGGUUAUUGACAUGAGGGAUGAAGAGUUCUCAGUUAGCUCUGUUCUUGCCUCAGAUGUCAUCCAUGCUAACAGGAAGGAUGUUCCCUGCAUAUUCAGAGUAACCGCUGCUCAGCUGUAUUCCUCCUCAGGACAGAAAACAUCCAUAUUGAUUCUGGCUGACAGUGACAACGAGCGCACUAAGUGGGUUGCUUUGCUCAGCGAGUUACAGCGGAUCCUCAAGAAGAACAAGCUGAAGGAGCGUUCCAUUUAUGCACCGAAAGAGGCUUACGAUAGCACCCUGCCUCUUAUCAAAACCACCCAAACUGCUGCUAUUAUAGACCAUGAGCGUGUGGCCCUGGGUAAUGAAGAGGGGCUUUACGUGGUCCAUGUCACCAAAGACGAGAUCAUCCGUGUGAGCGACAACAAGAAGGUCCACCAUGUGGAGUUGAUGCCCUCCGAGCAGCUGCUGGCUGUGAUCUCAGGCAGAAAUCGACACGUGCGCCUCAUACCCAUGACCGGCCUGGAUGGUCGAGACACAGACUCCUUCAAGCUGCCAGAGACCAAAGGGUGCCAGGCACUGGCAUCUGGAACCCUGCGCCACGGUGCCCUUACAUGUCUGUGCGUGGCUAUGAAGCGGCAAGUCAUCUGUUAUGAAAUCAACAAGAGCAAGGCACGUCACCAGCGCCUCCGAGAGUUUCAGGUGCCGGGAGUGGUGCAGUGGAUGGCUGUGCUAAGUGAGCGACUCGUGGUGGGUUUUCAGGCAGGCUUCAUGCGCUACAACGUGCUCUCAGAUGCUUCUCCUGUUAGCCUCCUUCACCCAGAGGACCACACUUUAGCGUUCAUCACGCAGCAGGGCCUGGAUGCUUUGUGUGCUGUGGAAAUUUCCAGCAAGGAGCUGCUGCUCUGCUUCAGCUGUAUUGGCGUCUAUGUGGACUCUCAAGGUCGACGCUCACGGCAGCAGGAGCUGAUGUGGCCUGCUGUACCCACUUCCUGUUGUUACAGCGCCCCCUACCUCUCGGUGUAUAGUGAGAAUGCUGUGGACGUGUUUGACGUGAACUCCAUGGAGUGGAUACAGACCAUGCCUCUCAAAAAGGUGCGGCCGCUGAACUUGGAUGGUUCUCUCAAUCUGCUUGGUACUGAGACAGUGAGACUCGUCUACUUUAGAAACAAAACAGCAGAGGGAGAUGAGCUUGUGGUGCCAGAGGUGUCGGAUAACAGCCGCAAGCAGAUGGUGCGCAGUAUGAACAGCAAGAGACGCUUCUCAUUUCGCAUACCUGAGGAGGAAAGGUUACAACAAAGGAGAGAGAUGCUACGGGACCCUGAAAAGAGAAGCAAGCUGAUUUCUAACCCCACCAACUUCAACCACGUGGCACACAUGGGACCCGGAGACGGCAUGCAGAUCCUUAAAGACCUUCCCAUGAACGUGCGAGCUCAGGAGAGUCGGGCUGGCUUCAGUGGCUCAGUCAGUAUUCCAUCUUUAGCUAAGAAUCGGAGCGAACCUGGGCGCUCCAUGAGCGCCAGCAGUGGCCUGGGUAUCCGUUCCUCUUCUCAGAAUGGCAAUGCUUUGAGGAGGGAGCUGUCCAGUAGCAGUUACAGCUCAAAGCGCAAUACCAUGACGUCUCCGUCUGAGAGCUCUCUGUCCUCAGGUGGUGGAAUGGAUGCAGGAGAUGCACCACUGUCCCAGUUUGACAGAGAGUGGCAGGCUGUCUCACCCUCGGAGAAGACGCCUGAUCUGAAACGGGCAUUAAGGACCCUGCUUAGUAAGAUGAAGGAUUCAGAUUCGCCUCGACACUCCACUGCCUCCAACAGCUCGACCUUCAGCAGCCCCCCCAGCCCCGCAUCCCCUCACAAGACCAAGUCUCUCUCACUGGAGAACACAUGGGAAACAUGAUGGACACACCACAGGACCAAUUGCUGCGUGCCCUGGCCCUGUCAGAGGCUUCCUGGCCCCGCCUCCCUGUGCAUACUAUCGGAGACAGCACAGCUAGCGUCUUCCAUGAGAAAGGACUAGUGACUGUCAGCAGGGAUGGCAUAACGCAUGCAUGAGUGUGUGAGUGAAUGACUGAGUGAAUGACUGAGUGAAUGACUGAGUGAAUGACUGAGUGAAUGACUGUGUGAGUGACUGAGCGAGUGGCCAGGGCAUCUGUUGAACUGAAAA